AUGGCCCCUAGCUUACGAGAUUUGAUUGAUUUCCUACUGGCGGAGAUUGCGCUCUGCGGUGAUCAAGGCGCGACUCCGGCAGACAUCUUGAAGUCUGUUAACACAUUUUAUGAGAAGGCGGCGCAAGAUGCAUCCGAGCGCCAUCAUAGCGUCGAUCGACGGUUCCAGGAGAAGGUGUGGUCAUGGCUGACGAGAAACCCAGAAGUCUCGGUUGGCAACGAUAGAGAGGGGAAUCACCUGACUCUGGACGAGGCGGAGGGUCGUGGGCAAAUCAACCAGGAGACCGAAGAAGCAUCCCCGUCAUCAUCUCGAGAUGCGGUUCGAGUCUUUGUUUCGGAAGAAAGAACUUGGCUUGCGAUCACCGGUCAUGAGCGAGACGACACCAGGGUCUUUUCGACCGAGUUUGCUCUCUUGUCCAUCAUCGCAGCGCGCAGGGAGAAAGGUAUCUUUCAGACGGACCUCGUCAAACUCAGUGGCCAAGACAAGCGGUCGGUUCCGAAGCGGACGGAAUUACUCCAUCAAAAAGGCUACAUUGAUAAGCGUGCGGUUCAGUUCAAAUCCGUUCGGACGAGUCUAUGUACUUUGCGGAAGUUCGUGACCACCGAUGUGUCUCCACUCGACGCAGCUGCUGCAGGACAGCAAUCGAACGGACAACCGCAAGCUUCGCAGGUGGUGGACUACAAGGAAUUUACCGAAAACCUUUUUGGGAUUCUCGAGGAGUAUAAAAUCAUCGGUCGUAAUGAUUUGAAGAACAUUCUCGGCUUCGCCGACCGGUGGCGAUGGAGGAUUCUUUCGCGCGCUUUGCGCAAGUGUGAGCGCCUGGGUCUUCUCAAGCGAGUCAAGGCUUUGACCCAAUAUGCCGAUACCUUCAACAAAUACCAUCCUUGUGUCCUGCUUAUACGUCAUCCUACGAAGCGAGAAUUUGAAAUGUUGAAUGAGUUUAGUAAGCACUGCACGACGAAUCUGGGACAUGAGGACAAUGUAGAACUGGAUGAGGAUAUCGACCCGAAUGACGAGGGGCUAGAAGCCUCGUCGCUUAACGAACCCGAGGCAUUGAAAAUGGUCAAAAGAGAAGAAGAUAUGGAGGAAGCUGGCAGAAUGAUCCCUACUUGGACGCCAGAUCGCAACAUUCAUAACCAGAUAUUCGAGGCGGUUGACAAGGCAGGAACGCCUGGAAUUACCAACAUUGACAUCAUCAGAACGUGCUUUGGAGGCUUCUUUCGCCGACCACUGGAAAAUGCGCUGGGCCGCCUGGUCGCAUGCUGGCAGCUGUCCCAACCGCUACACCUACGCCAUCUGGCCAUCGUACGAGACACAGCCCUCCGCCGAACCAUCACUCACUAUGUCCACUACUCCGCAAACAAUUUCCGCAAACUUGUCGAUGCGGAAAAGUCGACGUGGGAGGCUGUCGAAUAUAAGCCCAAAAGCACGAAAGGGGCAGACCUCCGAGUACCGCCAGUCGAUGCAUCACCUGAACUUGAUGAGUAUGGCUUCUCAAUUGACAUUCCUCGGAAGGAACUGUUGAGACACGGGAAUGCUACUCUCUUGGAAUGCAUGCUCAGCGCUAAGCCGUCAGACUAUAGCUGCACCUCUACUGACCUCAAGGCGAUGCAGAUAGACGGCGAUACGUAUGGAAUCCACUAUGGACAGAAGUAUUUGGAAGUGUCGCACCCAGACAAAUUGCUUACACCGAAGAGGCCGAGAGCUACACGUCGCGACAAGGAUGUUGAUAUGGAAGAUAGUUCCGCAAAGGUGGUUUCGGUAACUCGGCCCGCGAGAAAGAAAAGGGAAGAUGCCAGCCGUUUUAUCGGAAUGUCUGAAAAGGAGAAACUUGAAGCACUUGGACUGGAUGAGACAUGGACCGAAUACAGCGUGUUGCUCAUAGAGCGGUCUCAACCAGGUGUAUAUGUCACUCCUCGUGGGCGGCGGAGACCCGCUGGAAAGCGACAGGGUCGUCCGAGGAUCAGCCGUAUUGCCGUUUUCAGAUCGCCAAAGUUGGGAUCAUUCCCAUGGUUUGUCAAAGAGAGGAAGGAUGGAGAAGAUGAAGAUGAAGAUGCCGCAGAGACCCGCCAAUCUUCGCGAAGCGAAAGCGUCGAUUCAACAUCUGGAACAACGCCGGCGGUCGUGCCCGAGGACCAGCCACUUGCGCAUGUCGAUGGGCCGACAGAAACACCAAACAGAGGAACCAGAGCAAACCUGCGGCGCCGUGCUUCGUUCAAUGAGGAGCUAGAAUUAGGAUCCGGCAGAUCUUACAAGCAACGGCGUCUCAACGGGACUACUGCAGCCUCGCCUACUCUCAAUGCGACUUCCGACAAACUGGCCGAGAAGCGGGGCGAGCAUGAGGAGCAAGAUGAAAGUACGCCAGCGAGACGAUCAAAGCGGCGAAGAGUAGAGUCUCCGGUACGCGACACAUCAAUGACACCUAUCGAUAAGGCGAACAGACCGGAAGAAAGCCCUGGAAGAACACCAUCGAAAGAGACAAGUCAGGGCCAGAAGUCUCGCGAGUCGGCUCCUGCUACCGAUGGCCAGCCACAAGGAUUAAAUGGAGCGGCUAUUGCUGGCGAUAAACCAAGCGAGAAUGCCACCAAUACUGUCCCUACAAAUGGUGUUCAGCCAGAGACUCCCCCGGCAGAUGUCCGUUCCCAUGAAUCUCCUGCUGCAGAAAAAAGGCCUGUCACCUCGCAAGCUGCGGAAGAGGCGCCACUCGGGAAAAUACCAGAGAAAGGCGGAUCGGUUAAUGUGCUGCGCAGAAAGAUUAUCCUAGAUAUUCUACAGCAGGCUGGAGGUGUAUUCCCAAUGGGCUCUGAGCUGUGGUGCCCAUUCACUCUUGCGUGGAACAAGUUGAACUACAAAGGGAAGCCUGAUCUCAGGACUAUCAAGAAAACUGUCAAACACAUGGUCGACGCUGGUAAAUUACGUCAACAUACUUUUAGCGGCAGAGACAGCAAAGGGGUCAUGGUGACAAAAUCCAUAAUCAGCAAAACGGACUUGCAACCGGAUGCUCCUAUCAUGAAAGAUUUGCAGAGAAAAAUGUUGGCCGCAGACCCCCGACGACCCUACAUCCCAGAGGGUGUCGAAUUUGAUCGGGAAAUGUCCAGGAACGGUCACGGUCGAAGGUCUACGCAGAGCAAUGAUCCUGGGCUGCUGCCUCGUCGCCCUCCUAUUGAGCAGGGGAUCACCGUACAACUACAUCAGAAGCCCGGGUUUGUCUUGGCUGCAGAAAGGAGAAAAGGUCUGAACAUCGAGCGACGACUGUUUAGAAGACUUGCGAUUGGAAGGGAUACUGGGCGAAAACCGCCGCGACUAAUGAAAAUCAGUCGCCGCUCAACCGAAGACUCCCUGCAGAGUCUGACGUCUAUUACCAGACCAGAAAUGACUCAAACCGAUGGCGAUGCUGCGGUAUAUCCCCAGCGACGACGUCGAACCGCGACCUCCUCUCAUGCACCACUACCACCGGGCGGUUCGAUUCCUCGUCGCAGAAUGGCGGGUCGUCUCAGCAUCCCCUUAUCCGCUAUGGCUCCCUACGCUAUGGUUAUGAAUCCAAAACAGACCUACCAUGCAGGGUCUGGGACCUAUGCUACUCAUGCCGGGAUUAUUUCUUUACAGAUUCCCAAGAAUUGGGAUAUCCAGUCUAAACAGCCUGAAGUCAGGGACGAAAAUGAGCAUGAAUCCGACAAAGAGCCGGAAUCGGAAUUUGAACUCGAACUCGACCAAGGACCUGUUCUGCCCAAGUCUCUUGAUGAUAUAUUCAACAUGACACGGCGCCGCGUUAUGGAUUAUACCGACAAGGAAGACCCUCGUUCGAGAAGAUUCUUCCUCGACAACAGGGUCAUUCUGAGAUGGGAGCUGCAAAACGAAGACCUGCUCCGGAAUCAAACUACCGAGGAUCUGCGGUACAUCAACCAAACCGUGUCAGAUCUUUUCAGUACACCAAUCCAGGGCAAUAUACGAUUCGAUAAUGACGAGCCUAAACCUCCAGCUCGGCCGCCACCGGAACCGAAAACGACCAGGCAAGCAGCGCGUCGCGUGUUGCCUGCUGGGCCUGCCAUGUCGCCUCCCAAUCGUCAGGAGAGGGAGCUGCCUCGGGCUUAUAAAUGGCGCAAAUAUGAUUAUGUGCCACAGAACCGACGCUUGAAUAAGUUAUUGCAGGGCGAAGCCACUGCUUCAGCAGCCUCUGCAUCACACUCAUCGCCUCCAUCUCGAACAAUUCGUCGGAAUCGGGUUGCCAAUCAAUUGCCUGAGGUGCUGGUGCAGAAGAUCAUGACCGCAAUCGUCGUAAUUCGCACACUGGCUAGCGGCCAUGAUGCACGGCUCAUUGACUGGAAUAUUUUUUCAUAUUGCUUUCCUGACCAGGACCCAGCCUACAUCCAGGAGCGAGCAAGGGUGAUUCUCAACCGGAUGCGACUUCCGAUAGCCAAAAUGCAAAGUGAUUUCCAGGAGCUAUACCUGGAUGCUUACGAGCACGGCCGGGUACCCCCAAUCAACUACGAUGAUCUCGAGAACUAUGACUGGGAAUGGAUCGUUGACUGGGCGGCCGAACAGCUGGAAGUGCCUCGGUCCGAAAAGCUCCCAUAUCUUCCCGCCACGCGCGAAGAAUUCGACGGUUUGUUCGAUAUACGGGAAGAGGCCCCCCCUUCGUUGGACGACAUCUACCAGACCAGUUACUCCGUUACCGUCCAGCGUCGACGCACGCUCUGCGCUGGAAUAUCUUUUGCGAUCCCCGUAGCCAACAAGCCAGCUCAGAUGACUGCUCGGCAGGCCGAGCUUGCUCGUCUUGACGUGGCUAAAUCAUGGGUUCGCGCCAACGUUAUCACCCCCGAGGAGGCGUACAACGCUGCGACUGCACGACACAUUCUCAGUCAACUGGGCGAGAAACUCGUCGACCAGGCCUUACAGUCGCUCAUCACGGAACGGGUGCUCUGCACGGGCAACAAGGGCCGAGUCAUCCCAGGUCGCAACUACGACGUCACCGAGCACUUUUUACAUUCCCUCGGACGCAAACGCGCCAUCGAGGCGACUGAACUGAGACGCGCCGCCCAAUUCAAGACCGAGAUUCUGGACCCGGUGCUUCAAAAGCAAGGCGUAUUUGAUGUCUCUUACAGCGCCGAAGACGGUGAUAUUCUCGCACUGAUCAACCUCUACGUUACAGGCAGAGUUAUGCUGCAGCCCCGAGACCCGCCUCGCGACAAAUACGGCCUUACGGAUGGCGGAUAUCUGACGCGGCUGAUCGAUAAGCAGAAGCUGCGGUUCCCUGUCGAAGUCCGUCCGGUCAAGGGCAAAUACAUAUAUGGAGAUCCGAUCGAGGAAGCUAGGUCCAAGACACCAGCACCACAGCUGCCCGUGACUGACUUCGACACGCCGAACCCCGUGUUCCAGAAGGUUCCUCUGUGGUAUGACAUCCAUGGCAACUUCGUCGCUAAGCUGUGGGAGUUGGCGCUGGCGGCUGUGGUGGGAUGUGUUGCCACAAGACCUGGGAUCAGCGCGUCCGGUAUCGCUAGCAUGAUGAAACCGAGCCUAGGAGCCUGGGAGAUUGAAUUGAUAUUGGAGUGGAUGUGUCAGAACGCUCUGUGUAGUUUCGAGGCGAUUCUAACAAACGAACAAAAGAACGAGUACCACGCUAGCGCAAAAGUCCCAGAUGCCGCCAGUGUCAUUCAAUUUGUGGCACAGAUCGAUGCGAGUAACGGCAAAACGUCGAGAAGAUGCGUGGCACCUCGGCUGUGUACUCUGCUCGAAGCAACCCAGCAGUUCAGCGGCAUCGUCGAUACAUUCGUGAGCUCUAAUCCAACAAUCGCUGCUCUCGUUUGGGGCGGUGUCAAGACAGCCAUUCUCACAGCGAAUAAUGUUGCCUCCUACUUCGAUAAAGUCACAACUAUGAUUAUGGCGAUCGGCAAGACCUGUCCGACAUAUCAACAAUUUGGUCCCCUCUAUCCUGGAUGUGUCGAUCUACAACGCGUGCUUUGUGACUACUAUGCUAUUAUUAUUCGGCUUUGCACAAGAGUCAUUGAAAUAACGCGGCGCCCAGCAUGGACCCAGACAGUGGCCUCUAUAUUUUCUCCCUUCGAAUUCGAGUUCAAACCGUUCCUUGAUGACCUCGAGGAUACCACGAAAAACAUCCGGUUGCAGAUACUCCUGGAGUCACAGAAAGCCGAUAGGGACAGUAGAAUAAUACAGGAGCAUGAGUCUCAAGAGAACGCAAAGUUUCGCCCUUUCUCAAUCGACUUUUACAAGAGAUCCAUGAAGCACCACGCGGAAGAACGCGAGUGGCGCAUGAAUAUGAUGAAGAGGGAUGCGGCCAAAUUGAGGUCGAGUAUCCGAGACAAUCUCUCCACUAUCAACCAUGUCAAACCUUGGAAACAGGCUUUUCGACAGCGCAUUCCGGAUACUGCGGAAUGGUUGCUGAAAGAGACCACCUUUUGUGAAUGGAGAGACAGUUCGCAGAGUGCUUUUCUCUGGUGUUCCGGUACGAUGGGUGUGGGCAAAACAGUGUUGGCGUCGAACGUCGUCGCCCAUCUUCACGCAUCCCAAGAAGCAAAUCAAGUCAUUUCGUACUACUUCUGUCGGUCAGACAUCGAGGAUUCUUUGUCAACGAGAAACAUUCUCGGAAGCCUGGCCCGCCAAAUGCUAGAUUCCCAGAUUGAGCGUGCUGAAGAUGGGGCUCUCCGAGCGUUGCUUCAGCAGAGUGAGAACAUUGACACACCUGAGGUCAUCGAGUUCUUAAUAAAGCACCUCGGUCGCGACAAGAAAAAAUAUAUUAUCCUUGACGGAUUGGACGAGUGCGACAGCAAAGUGAUUCGCGAGGUAGCUGGGGCUAUGGCCCAAUUGUGCAAAGAAUUUGUCUCCAAUGUCAAGAUUCUUUGGGCAGGCCGUCCUGAUACAGAAAGGCAAUUUCCUACAGAAAUAGCGCCUCAUUUCAAAAUCUUGAUGGCAGAAUCGAAAGUCAAACCUGACAUCGAUCUCUGCAUAGACACAGCUCUAAGUCGUUGCUUGGAGACGAACAAGCUGAAGCUGGGCGAUCCACGCCUGAUACUUGAAAUAUCCAACACACUGCGAGAUAAAUCGAAUGGGAUGUUCCUUUGGACGUGCCUUUGUAUCGAGGAGCUUUGUGACCAGAAUAGUGACGAUGCCAUCUUAGAAGCACUGACACAUCUGCCCCAAACACUGUCUGAGAUAUUUGACCGAAAGCUUCGCCGCGCUCGUGAGAAAGCAACAGCCGAUAUCAUCACCAAGCUGCUGCAGUUCUGUGGCGUGGUGAAACGACCUUUGACACUGAUGGAGUACCAAGAGUUCCUGAGUCUAGCACCCAAGCAAAAAAGUCUGAACACUCGAGCUUUUUCAAAUGACAUGGAUCGUCUUGUCAAUGACUGCUGUGGUCUAGUGUCUGUCGACGAGGAAGAGAGCACAGUGCACUAUAUUCAUCACAGUGUCAAGCAACAUUUGUUCCCCAAUAAGCCAUGCGCGGCAGGAUUUGACUGGGAAAGUCUUGAACUCACCCUCGGCCUGCUUUGUAUGACAUACCUUAAUUUCGACAACUUCAAAGGUCAGCUUACCAAGUACAAAAAGGGGUCCAGUACACACCUCAAACCUUUUCAACUGGGCGCCCAACCUGUCUAUCAAUCGAACAGUGUGUCUAACCACAUGGCGCAAAAGCUCUUGUCCUACUCUCACCGGCUGCAGCGAUUUAACUCCGUGGAGCUUGAGAAGAAAUCCGAAGAGAUAUUCACGAAUGCAGGAAUUUCGCUCCAACAGGCAGAGACUCAAAAGACAGCGUUUCAGUUCCUUGACUAUGCCAAAUACUUUUGGUUCCAACACCUGAGUGAUAUCGACCCAGAGACCCACCAAGAAACAUGGAUAUUAUUUUGUCAGUGUGUAGAGAGACUCGAAAUCCCUGCGGAUAGGCCCUGGGAGGCAGAAACAAAAACCUACUAUGAGGAGGUUAGAAUGCCGAAGGAGUUCCAGUGGUCCCUAGCUGAGGGGCACUUUUCCCUAUUCUUGUGUCUCGCAGAACGUCAUUCUCACCUUUUGACUGACUUGUUCAAGCACGAGGCUCUGCUCUGUGUUACACCGCAAGAUCGUUAUGGUCUUACAAGAGCACUUCUUCAACUCGAAAAUAACACAGACAACAUCUUGAACCAUGCAUUGUUCUUUGCCGCUCAAGAUGGAUGCGAAGACUCUGUGGCAUCCCUACUACAAGCAGGGGCCGAUACCAGCACGGAAUGUAUUGUUCCAGAAGCUCCAAACUUCAGGAGAGAAUUUCUUCGUCGACUUCCCAUUAUCACAGACCCGGGGCGUGAUCCCAACCAGUUUGUGUAUUACGAAUGCCCGCUUGUGGCAUCUGCAGAAGGAGGCCAUACGAGAGUAGUUGAGAUGCUGAUAGAAGCAAAGGCUGAUGUCAAUGCCCAAACAGUCGGAUGUACCGCAUUGUGUAGGGCCGCAAAAGGCGGGCACAAGGAGGUGGUUGAGAGAUUGAUAGAAGCAGGGGCCGAUGUCAAUGUUAAAUGGGACGGUCAGACAGCACUGUGGCUAGCGGUACAAAAUGACCAUCUUGAGACGGUUGAGACGCUUCUAGGAGCAGGGGCAGAUGUCAAUGUCGUAUCCUUAGCCGGCUGGACAGCACUGAAAUGGGCAAUAACAAUGAAAAAUGUCCCGAUGGUUGAGAGACUUGUACAAGCAGGGGCGGAUUUUAGUUUUGAACUACCCAGCAGUGGGACGGUACCGUCUAAUGGGCUAGAUAAGACAGAAGUUGCAAUGGUUAAAAUACUCCAGCAAGCGGAGGGCGAUCUUUGCGCUGAGUCGUCGCCUAGUCGGGCAGAACUAUUAAGGGCGAUAAAAGAAUAG